UAUCUGUUUAGAGCGAGUCAAGGAAGUAGACGAAGAAGGAACCACAGAGAUUUCUGCUGUUUGUGGUAAAGAAAUAAAAACGUAUUUCUGCGCGAGCUUUUCUCACUUAACGCACAUUGUUUGACGCGUUACGUCAUGACGUAUCUCCUGGGACCAGCGGUCACGCUUGUUAGCAAGAACCUGCUAACCUAAAGGAAGCAGAAACCGGAAAACAACUUGUUGGUCAUUCUUAAAGUUGUUGUUAAAGUGGCUUUGAAUGACACCAGCGACCCGAUCCGACUGGUUUUUGGUUGUAUAAAGUAGGUGAAAUGUUCUGUUUUGGUUCAAGAACUAAACGCGAUUUAACUUUUAUUCGAUCCAAACAGACAUCAACACAGGUUGGAGGAGCUUGGAAGAGCUUCAUCUCCAAUGCUAAAUAUGUUCUACAUCCGCUUGUAGACCAGGAAACCAUCUUCACCUCAAGCAGAGGUGGGACUUCUUAAACAAUGUCAUCAGCUCCACAGAAACACCACCACCAUGAUGCGGAUGGUGACAAUACCUCCGUGGCCUGGCUGUCAGUAAGCAAAGAACCCAAAAUAAAUGACAACAACUCAUCGUCUGCUGCAUCUGGCGUUGUUGACAGCAGGAGGACUAUAUCUAGUGAAGACCUAGACGACAUGGAGCUUGUUCCAGGUUCAGGCUUUGUUGGAAAUCCAUCACCAGACAGAUCUGAUCAACCCAAGUAUUCUGCAGAAUUAGCAGCUGAGAUCUUUCGGCGGUUUGGACUUGAGAUGGAGGACUUGGAAGAACUCAACGCCUACCCCGAGGAUCAGAUCACCCCUGAACAUCUGAGUCACAUCCUGAUGCAGAUUUCCCUUCAGAGGAAGAAAAGAGCCUCAGAAAACACCUCUGAAUCCCAUCCCAACAUGGCUGUCAAUGUGAACGACAGUUUAAAGACCGAAUGGUCAGUAAUAAGCCAGGACAACAUGCAGAGAGGUCCUCUAGAACCAAAUAAAGUGGUUGACUAUGGUUGUUUUGGCUGGAGCAUUGUUAAGGAGGAGACAGGAAAAAACUGCACUGAUAACAGUGGAGGUAUGUCGCCGCUGGAAAGUCAAAACUCCAUCGGAUGCAGUGAGGAACUGCUGCAAAAAUGUGAGAAAGAGGCAAAAAACAGACAGUGGGAAGCAAGCCUCGGCUCAAAGAUCAGUGACCAAAAGAAAACACCUUUGGCCAAACAAAAAGACACAAAACCUUGCGAGCUAAAAUUUUCCAAAUCUCUUCCCUCAAAGGAACCAGAGUCAGGUCAUCCGUCUACAUCCAAAUCCCCCGAGCCCAGCCCUCAGCGCUCUGGAGUUCAUCCCAGCCAUCCUGAACGGUACAGUUCAAACAUUGAGGAAAGUCGAACUCAAAUAGAAGAAAAAACUGUUGCUGGGCAGAGUAAUAAAAAGCAUCCCAUGAAGCAGAACCCUGUGGACCGGACUGAGCUGGAACAACAGAAUAAACCGGUGUCAAAGGGCGAGAAAGGUUUGAAGAGGCCAGCUUCCAGCAAACCGUCUGAGUUUAAGGAGUCAGUUUCGAAAAAUCUGCCUACAGUGGCUAUGAUUAUGGACUAUGAAGGAGUCAGACCGAGAGUGUUUCCACAUACCUGUUCACUCUGUAACGCGGAGUGUUUUCACACUAUGGUUUGGCUUUCCCACCAGAAGACCGACUCUCAUCGUGAGAAUUGCAAACGCCUCCAAAAAGAAUAUCCAGACUGGUAUUGUAAACGCAAACCAUUCCCUAGAAAAGCUGAGAACUCAGCCUGGACCCCUCACAGUUCUCAGGAUCGUCAGCAGAAAAGCAGAUAUGACUGUGGUUCUGGGACACGCAGCCGUCACCGCUUCCACAGGUCAAAGGGUCAAAGGGACGAGUACAGAAGCAGUUCCCGUUCUCGCUCCAGAAGCCCUGGGAACCAUCAUGGUGAAACCUCCUGCUCUCGCUCAUACAGCCCAGUGUCGUAUCGUAGGUUAAAGGGUGAGUGGGUUAAAUCCAGGAGUAGAUCACCUUCCACCUCAGACAGCUCCUGCCGCCGUCAUGGCUCUGAGGACAGAAGAGACGGACGCAGGAGCCGAUCCAGAUCUCCUUACAGCUACAGAUAUGCUCAUAGAUCUUGUUCCCGGUCUUGGUCUCCACAGUAUGAAAAGCCCAGCUGCUCUCACUAUCGCUCUAGAAGCCCUGGGGGAUAUUAUUCAGCCAGCAGGAGGGAAGAGGAGCCGUACUUUCAAAAGAGGCCUUACCAGAGACACUUUUCGCCGAAAAGGAGCAACGAGAAAUGGACGGCACCAAGAAGAAGCCGCCAGAGACAAAUGUCCUCAGAGAGAUCUGUCCCUCAGGAUGAGGACAGUGCAGAGAGACUGGCGAAAAAACUGCUUGAAUCAUCAGCUGUCCAGGCUCUGUCGAACCAGAUUGACGUAGAGAGCGUUGUUAAAACUCUGGCUCCGGUCUUCCUGGCCGAGCUCGACAAGAUGAAGUCAUCACCCGGGUCAUCAUCGCCCUACAAUGCUGGAGAGGAACUUAAUACAAAACGCACAACUGGUUCCUCUGCAAAGCUCAAGUUUUCUGUUCCCAUGAAGCCUCAUUUGACUUCAAAUGAGCUAAAACAAGCUGCUAAAAUCAAAUCUGGGCCGUUGAACAAGAUCGUUGGCAGAAAAAAGACAGAAGCCUUGAAAGUAAAGCACAAACCGAAGGAUAAAGCUGAGCUAAAAUGUCCUGUGAUCACAUCUGGCAAAAGUAAACCAACAGCUGCAGCGCCCAACAGAAAGCUGUCUUCAGUGUUUUCUUCAGAGGAUCUGACUGCAGGGGAGCAGAUAGAGAAAUACCUCGAUCCCAAAUGCCUCCGGCCUGUUGAACUGGAAGAUUUCCUGUCACUACCAGAUGUAAGAUUUUACCUGUUUUUAGGACAUCAAUAUUCCCACGAAUCAAAGACGAAGAAGCUGUUGAUAACCAACCUUCCUAAGUAUUUUGACGGCUGUUACACAGAGGACAAUAUAGUUGAUCUCCUCCGACCUUUUGGAUUUGAAAACAACAAUGACAUUUAUGUGAUUCCUCAGAAACAAAUGGCUGUUGCUUUCAUUCCACGUACGAAAGGGCUGAAGGCAGCUCUCAGAACAUCUUGUAACGGCAUCUUUUUCAAAGGAUCUAAACUAUGUUUUCAGGCUUGCAGAUUAACCAUGGGCCUUUCAGCGCUUGGCUUUUACAAAACUCUGAUGCACUGCAUGGAUUUUGACGUGACUGAUUGUGGAGGAAAUAUAAUCUCCAUUCACCGCAUCUCACCAAGUGAGGCCCUUGACCUCAGGAAGGCUCUGAGAAAUAUCGGUUAUGUAAGGAACUACCUGGCUCUACUCAACAAGGUUUAUGUUGAGUUUGAGUCGGCUCGAGAUGCGGAUCGGCUCGGAGUUUGGUACAGCUUCCUGAAACGAGGCCGUCAGCACAGAGUGAAAAGGUUAAAAAUCCCUGGGGGCCCCAUCACAGCACUCUCACCUAGACUUCCUGGACGGGCUCUGCCUGACAGCAGUGAUGCCGCCGCUGAUGCGAGGAUCCCAACGGCCAGCUGUGGCAUUCCACCUGGUUCCAUUCCACCAUUUUGGGUCACAAUGUCGACUGAGCCGUACAUUUUUCCAACAGUGUCUCCGUGGUUCAACAUCCCCAAUUUCCUGACAGUGAAGGAAAUAGACGACAUAGAGAAAGCUCACCCUCAGGCCUCCAGGUUCUCCACCAUCAUGCUGACUGGUUUCUGUGGAUCACUGUGGAAACACAAUCAAGUCGCUAAGAUGGUAUCACGUUAUUUCUCCAGAACGGACCCCAAGUCUUUGGUUUUCGACACGAUCUUCCUGCCGCUGCAGAGGAGGGCCUUUGUGUAUUUCCACAGCUGGGAUUCCUGCUGCAGCUUUGUCCGGGAUCACCUCAGAAAUCCCUUUUCGGUGGAGGGCUCCACUCUCAGCGUCCACUUUGUGUUGGAGGACGUCUAUCCAGGAGCCUCUGAGGAGAGGAUGUACAAGAAUCUGAUGAGAUGGACCAACGCUCAUGUUUCAGAACCCGAGUCCCUCAGUCAGCGACUUAUUUGUUUGAAGCUCUUCAAAGCCAACGUGGGCCUCAUCAUAAGCGUCCUGAAAGCGGUUGCCUCCAUCGCUCCUUUUGUCAACUUCCUGGUCCUCGCUGAACGAAUCUACAUAGAAAUGUGUGAAUCCAGCAGUGUAGCUCAGGUGUUGGACUGUCAGUCGGUGAGCAGUCUGUCUGAGAGCAACGUUUGUGGGAGGGUUCAAACCGUCUGCCUUUUGAGGAGCCUUCAGGAGAGUUCAGAAGACUCGCAUGUCGCCUCGUCAGGCUGUGCACUGAAUGCAGCAGCAGGGGGCGCUAUUGCAGCAAGAGUUGAAGCUUCAGCUAAUGAUCGACCUCCAGAUGGAAUCCAACCUGGUAGCUAUGAAACCUCCUGGCUUGGACCUGAUAGUCUGGAGUUUAAAGAUGAAGCUUGUGAAGAGCAGCAGAGCGAACCAGGCGCUUCUGUCAUUGAGCGAGAUGACUUUAAGAGAACCGAUUCAGUUGAUGAUCAGACUGAAAGCAAAAGUUAUCCUCAGCACCCUGAAAUUCCUUGGGACAAGUUAUCUAAAGCUGGUAGUGGACUCAUACAGGAAGGGGUAACGGAAAAUGAGCUGAUUGAUUCUGUAAAAGAUGAGCCAGACUUGGAGGGUAACGACAAGCAAGACAGAAUGAAAGAAGAAGAAGUGACGACGCAAAGAGAUUACGGAUUGACCAGGAGGAGCAGCACCAGAAUCAGGAGGUCUGAAAGCAAAGAAGAGGAGAAAUCACCAAAGAAACAGGAAACUAGUGGUAAAAAAUAUGCAACACGAGGACGAGGCGGCUCUGCUGGAAGAGGGGAUAAGAUGAUGAAGGGCAAAGAUGUUGGAGAUAAAGAUGAUGCUCCAGCUGAGAAGGACGUCACAGCAACAUGUGACUCUGCAGCAGAGGAAGCGCUUAAACAGGAGCAGGGGGCUGAGAUAUUUGGUCCAGUAAAGAAAGAAAGAAGGUCCAAAAUAAAUUCAACCAAAGAAAACAAACCAGCUGUAAACUCAACAGGUGAUACUGGAGAAGAAGAAGAAGAGGGCUCCACAAAGUCUGAGGUUACACUGGUUCUGAACCAGGACCAGGAAGGCAGAGCAGAUUCCUUGAGAUCUGCUGACAGCACAGAUAAAAACAGCCCAGAUCAGAGACUGAACGCUGAAGCAGCAGGUGAGAUGGAGAAGAUGGAGGAGCAGGAGAACAAAGUGAUGCCGACCAGAAAAAGAGGCCGACCCAGAAAGAAUACCAGAAGGACUCCAGUAAGAAAAUCUGCUGGAGAAAAAACUGAGAGGACUGGAGAUAACAGAGUAGAAGAAGAAAAAUCAUUGCUAGAUUCGUCUUCAGCUCUGGACAAACCCACGUCUGCUUUGUCGAGUGACGUCCAGUCGAAGAUCCAGAGGGAGGAGAAGGAAAUGGACGCUGUUACUGAACAGCAGCGGCAGCUUGAAGGUCCUGACCGACAGAACCUGGACGGAUUCUUGGAAGAGGAUGAAGGAUGCUGCAGGGCCGACAUAAAAGAUCAGACUCUAAACAGCGAAGCAGCGGGUGAGAUGGAGAAGAAGGAAAAUGAAGCAACACCGGCCAGAAAAAGAGGCCGACCCAGAAAGAAAACCAGAAGGACUCCAGUGAGAAAAUCUGCUGGAGAAAAAACUGAGAGCACUGGAGAUAACAGAGUAGAAGAAGAAAAAUCACUGCUUUCUGAGUCGCUGGAUUCCUCCUCAGCUCUGGACAAACCCACGUCUGCUCUGUGUGGCGACCUUCAGUCGGAGAUCCAAUUAUUAGCAGUUGGUGAAAAACAAAGAAAAAAGCUUGCCGGAUCUGAGGGAAAGCAAACUGGUGAGUCUCCUUGUGCCGCUGAUGAUUUCAACCUGCCUCCAUUCAACCCGGACAUCUCCAUUGGUGAGGAGUUUACAGUCCGUAAACUGGGAUAUUUCUGUUCGCUCUGCUCGGUUUUCUACUUGCUUGAGAACACCGAUGAGGAGGAGCACUGCUGCAGUAAAACACAUUACGAGAACCUGCUGGAACAUUACCAGAUGAAAGCUGAAGAACCUUCACCACCUUUAAGAAGGAAGACCAGAAGCUCUCGAUGAUCUUCUUUUUUUUAUUUCUCUCUUUCAAAUGUGUUGAAACUGUUUGUUUAGACAGACUAACGUUUGUCCUUAAAACUCCAAUGAGGAAGCGGCUGCAGAUCCCAGUCUCAUUUCAGCCCUCUGAAACUAAACUUUGAACUUUUUAACACGCUGAAUUCAGAAACGAUGCAUAGUAGAUUUUAAAGAUUUUUAAUCAGUUCAUAAACACAAAGAUUCGAAAUAUGAUCCAUGCCAACUAACGACUAAUCCUGUAAAGAUGGAAUCAUCAUCUAUAUAUUUUAAACAGUUAUGGUCAGAAGUUUA